AUGAGUAGGAAGAGAUCAAAAAUGUCUUCCAGUGGCACUCUCAGCAACUGCUAUGUGGACGCUAUAAUGGGGCAGGAGCCGGAGGAUGUGUACGGUGCUCGCUUUAUUCAGGCUCCACACAUGGUGACCCCGAGGCCGUCAGGUGCUGGGGACAACGCAGACUUCUCCUCUUGCAAUUUUGCACCAAAGUCCGCCGUUUUCUCCUCGUCUUGGUCCUCGGUUCACCCGCAAGGGAUUUAUCAUCCGUACGUGCACCACCACCACCAGUCCCAUCUCCCCGCCUCGGACGGCAGAUAUGUAGGCGUCCGCUCCUGGAUGGACCCCAUCUCCAACCACGUUUCGUUCGCCGGAUUUCACUCCAGCACUCGGCCGUACGGGACAAAGCCAGAGGUCUUGCCACCGAAAGCUGCGGAGUGCGACGCGUUGGAAGCGGAGGCUCGGCCGUUCGCCGGUGAAUUCGCGUGUGGAGUCUCGGAGAGUGCAGAAAAGGCGACCAAAGGGCACAGUGGAAGUGAGCUUUCGAGCCACAGCGAGCCAAAAGAGGAGAAACAACAACAACUUGACCCAAACAACCCUGCAGCAAACUGGAUUCACGCACGCUCAACUAGAAAGAAGCGAUGCCCAUACACAAAAUAUCAGACUUUGGAGCUGGAGAAGGAGUUCCUCUACAACAUGUAUUUGACAAGAGACCGACGUUAUGAAGUCGCCCGCAUACUCAGUUUAACCGAGAGACAAGUUAAGAUCUGGUUCCAGAACAGGAGGAUGAAAAUGAAGAAGAUGAACAGAGAGAGGAGUAGCAAGGAUCACCUAUGAAACCACUGCUGGCCAUUUCACACGUUUUAAUGUUUGCACCAAGGAAGCCAUCUGAACAAUUACAUUUAUUUUGGUAGGAGCCUAGGUAGACAUUUUAUUUUUAUUUUUAGCCCCACUAGGUAACGCAAUGCGUCAGUAUCCAAAUCACAUUUGCGGGAAUUUGUCUUCAUGAGAUAAAGACUGGAUCCCUCUCUUCUUUUAGAGAGUUCGAUCUGACAUGUUCUGUUUUACAAUUUAACCAAAUACUCACACUGGGAUGUUAAAGCAUUUUUUUGUUAAGCAUCCCCCGUCAGUUGGAAACGUGCCUAUGUGUAGCCUAUUGCUUUUAGAGCUGUUAAGAAAUUGGAGUUGUAUAUAAAACAUUUUCACAGCUUAAA